CGUCUGUUCUCACCCAGCUACGGUCAUCUCGAAUCCUCCUGCUAAUCUUCCUGUCUAGCAGCUAUGAGUUUCAGCAGGCCCUCAUCUCAGGCCUCAUCCACGCCGCCACCUCGUUUCAGGAAUAAGCGUCAUUUUAGCCGCACAGCAGGACAGGGGGGUUGGUACUGCACACUUUGCACCACCCCAAGCCGUGCGCAUCUUGAAUCCAUGUCAGGGCCUGCUGCAGUGACGCACGAACGGACGAAGGCCCACGCUCGCAAGGUGGAAGAGUACGAGUCCGGGAACUGGAAGCCAGAUGUGUCCGGGUGGGAACCUGAUCACACACCCUACGCGGAUCUGCGCAAAUGGGACGGGCAGAGUCACGUCAACCGAUUGAGGGAUCUCAUCCCGUUUUGGCGGAAUGGUGUGCUUGCGGCGGAAAGGGGAGAGGAGGCGGGCCGCAUGGAGGAAUUCCUCGAACGGCUGGAGGAAGAGUGGAAUAACUCCAAUGGAUGGGGAAAGGCCGACGGGAAUGGUGGCUGGAAUGUGGACGUAGGGCAGGAUAUCUGGGGCGGUGUUCCUGCCAAUCGGGGUGCACCUGCCAAUCGGGGUGCACCUGAGGACAAUUGGGGAGGUGCACCAGAUCCCUCUUGGUUCGAUCCGCAUGUUGACGAUGGGGCCGGUGCGGGCUGGGGGUCUGGUGAUGCAAAGUGGGGCGUCUCUGAGCAUGGCUCGCAUGCGAUAGCUGUCUCUCGGGAUAUUUGGCAUGAAGAAAUGAUGGGGCGGACAAGUCGUUCCAGGAGAGGACAAGAGGAGGUUCCCGACCGAGAUACAUGGACGUUUGUCGAGAAGGUCGCGCAUAAAGAGGAAGCGAGCGCAGAGCGAAGACAGCGUAUGCACGAAUUUUUCGAAAUGCCCAUGGAGAGAAAAGUCGAGGUAAUCACAGACAUGAUUCGUUUACUGCAGGCGCUUCCUUCAACAUAAUUCAUUUCCACUGAGGCCCAGAUGGCCAUUGCGUUCGAUUGCUACGACGCUCACGAUCCCUCACGAUACCCAAACACUUCUCGAGGUCUCACUAUGCCACUGCUGGAUUCAUCAAAGGUCUAUCGCUUUCCGCUCAUGCGUUCGCUUGUGCUCUAAGGUGGAUUAUCAAUAUCUUACGACCUUUAAUUCAUUUAUGUUGUACCUUUUGUCAAUUUGUUCGAUGCCCAGACCUGUGACUGGACAUUGGCUGCUUCAGUGAUAAGUAGUGAAGAAGCUCUAGUACAUAGUCGAAACCUGUCAUGCCGGUAUUGGUCCGGAACCCAAACCAGAUGACAUCAGCAAGGCACUAUGUAUGUACUGCAGACGUUAUGCCAUUGAUCACAGUGAAAGAGGCGU